AUGAUUGGAACUGGUAGAGCCAGGAUAUUAGAGUCCAACAGCAAUUUUCAACCCCUACUUUCAUCUAUUGACCUAUUCUCUCCAGUUUGGCUGAUCGUUGCCGCCACGGGAGGAUUCCAAAAAGGAAGAGACCGUCGCCGACACCGGAGGACGCCAAGAAGUAAGAAAAGUGGUGGUCUUCACAAGGCUUCGAUUAAAGUUGUUGAGAUUUUAACGGCUAUGGCGAUUCCUGUGGAGUUAUCGGAUCAUGAUUCACUGAUUAAGUCAACCUCUACUUCUUUGAAUUCCAAGGUUGUGUCUCAAUACUCUUCUCUUUUAGCCUCAUUAGCUGUUGAUGCUGUGCUUUCUGUAGUAGACCCUGCCAAGCCUGAUUUAGUAGACUUAAAAGAUAUUAAGAUUGUGAAGAAAUUAGGGAUAGAGAACACUGAUUUGUGCAAUCAACAAACCCAAAUAGAUGUUUUGUGUUUUCUAUUUGGUUGUGUGAACUGUGAAGCAUCUGUCAACCUUAUGAAUGCUUUGAUUGAGAGCUGUGUAAAGUCUUCUGCAGCAAAUUUAUUUGUGUCACUUGAGGAUGAUAUUGGAAUGAAUCUAUUUGCUAGUGUAGCUAUUGGAGAUAUGUCCAGAUUUGACUUGGUCUCGUGUACUGAUUCUCCAGAAAGAAGCGCCCCUAUAAUUGAUGAAAUUUUCACGCACGAUCAUGCAAAGUCGAAGUUAUCUCCUGACAGUCAAAUAGCUGGAGACCGAAGUCUGUGUUCUAAUGUAGUUGAUGGCGAUAGCAAAUAUCCGGGUAUAGCUAGCAAUUCAUCGUCUGAAAAUGGAUUGCAUAUUUCUAAACAUGCAUCCCUUGAGCACUUUAGUGAAAGAAGAUGUUCUUCAUCUCAUGCUAAUGAAGAUUUGCUGAUCACAGAAUGCAUUGAACCUCUCAACUUGGCCUAUAUGGAUUUGAGAACCAGUGCAGAUCCUCAUGGAGAUAUCAGUGAAAAGUCUAGUGAAAUGAAGAGUUCUGCUUCUUUGAUGCUAUCAGGCCUGAUGGAGAAGAUGAGAGAUGGUGUUCUGGGACGACGAAGACAGGCAGAAGCGGCUGGUGUUGCUGUAAAGGAGAUGAAAUUCUGCAAACUGAAACUAAUUGGAGCUCCUGAUACAAUAAAGGAAUCUCGAGGGCUCUUUUCAAAAACUGAUCACUACUUGCCAAUUCAUCGUGAAGCUCCAGCCUUUGUGGAGCAAGCAACUGAACAGCAAAUUCUUGUCACUGGUAUCAAGGUUGUCGACCUUCUUGCACCAUACCAAAGAGGAGGAAAGAUUGGACAGUUUGGUGGUGCAGGGUAG